CCAGUCCUUUGCCAUUUGGCUAUUUGCUACUUUCUCUCGGGUUUCAAUGGUAAAGUUCACUCCGUAUCUCUUUGUUAAGCCAGUCCAUUGUCUUUUUCGCCUGGUUUCGCUGCCGUUUUACCUGGCGGACCUUUCUAUCCAACCGCUGCUCGUUGGGUUGUAAGAGUAUCUUCUCUCUGUUGGCCAAUUUCAUGGUUAACCGGACUCCAGUCUGAAGCUACUUCCUUUGUCUAGCUAAGAAAGAGCUGCUUUGGUUCUAAUGGCUGCAUUUCUUCCGAGCGAAAAUGAAUUGGAUGGGGAUAGAAUUAGUCAACUUCCAGCAGAUGUAAAGGACAUGAUUAUGGAGUGUUUGGACACUCGUGAUGCUGCCAGAGUAGGUGUGCUCUCAACUCAAUGGAAGGAUGUUUGGUUGAGACAUGGUUGCCUUGUCUUUGAUUCCUGCUUCUUUCGACGUAAACCCUCGACUUUCGUCAACAUGGUAACGAACACUCUUAUGCUUCGUUCAGGACCUGUUAGGAAAUUUGAGUUCGUGAAUGCUGCUGUGGAUGUUAGGGAUAGUUGGUGUAAGCCAAAGCAGUCUGAUGUAGAUCAAUGGUGUCUUAUCCUAUCAAGAAUUGGAAUCGAGCAACUUACCAUAAGUGUUGUGAAUUUGACUGACGAAGGGUAUUAUAACCUUCCACAUUGUAUAAUCUCCUGUUCCACACUUAAGCGACUGAAACUAGCUGGUUUUCUUUUCUACUGCUCUGUUAAUGCUCGACUCAGUAGUAUAUUUACUAAUGUCACAUCUCUAGUUUUUGUGGGUGUCGUCUUUAUCCAUAUUGUCCAUGGAAGCACUAUAUCCAUUGUUCCUAAUCUUGAGGAGCUGGUUUUCGAGGCCUGUCAAGGGAUCCAUAAUUUUAUGAUCAGUGCUCCAAAACUUAAAAGCUUGACUGUUUUCUCUGGGUAUGUUGCUGAAUGGAAAUGGUUUCAGCUUCAUUUUCCAGUAACUAAGAGCCUUUCCCUGUCUCUAGAUACUCUUUCAGAUCCACUUUCAGAUAUACCUGAUACUGCACUGAAUGUGCAAGAGAUGUUCCCAACUGCGAUAAAUCUACAAGCGAUGAAGCUGGAUGAGUUCUGUUUUGGUUCCGCCCAACACUUCUCCUUUGCCAGUGAAAUGAUUAAAAAAUGUCCCAAGCUAUGCAAACUGGAAAUUAUUUCAAAUCAGGUUGUAAUAUCCAACACUUAACCUAUGCAUGCUAAUCGACUUUGGAUCACAAGAAUAUGAUCUUUUAAGAAUGAAUCUGGAGCAUUGGAUUUUAGAUUUAAUGGCUCAACAGAUCGUACCAAUAUAUAAAGGUUUACCACAAAUACUGCAGUAUUUUUGUAAUCAACUAAACUUUUUUUCCAUCACAAAUAGUGCACUACUCGAAACAUAAUAGUGUACUGUUUGAAACAUAAUAGUGCUCUAACAUUAACAAUAGUACAUCAUUUUGCAUGAUUCUCAUUUCUCAAAGUAGUAUCAUUCUCACCAUGCACUUACUAUUUUAAUACUUCGUAUAUCUGUGUGUGGCAUGAGUCUGUUAUGCUUAUGUUUUAAUACUGCAUUCUUUCCAUUGUGAUGCAAGGUAUGUUGGGUAGAUGAGAGACCAAGUCUUUGGGAGGAUCCUUUAGAUGGUGGCUUUAUUAUUGAUCAUGAUCUGGACAUGCUUAAAACAGUGAUCAUAGAUUCAUUUUUUGGAUAUAAACGGGAAGAGCUCUUUGUGAAAGCAAUCCUUUCAAAGUCACCUGUGCUUGAGGAACUUGUUAUCCGGCAAUCAGCCAAAAGAGUUGACUCAGUGGCUUCAAAAUUCAGAAAUGAGAUGCACUGCUUCCCUCGCGCUUCUUCAAAAGUGCGCAUUGUCAUUAAUUAUAUGUAAUGCCUCAUUAGCGUAAAAUGAGCUUGCUCAAACAUAUAUACAUGUUUUUAAAGCUACGAGCAACAUCCAGUGGCAGAAUGAACAUUUAAAAUUUUGAAAAAAAACGCGCAAGUAUGCAUAUGUAAAUUUAUGGAUUUAUUUAUUAUUCUUCAAGUUUUAAUUGUAAAACAUAAUGAAUUUUGUCGAUAUAUGCAGUGUAGAAACAUCAUGAAUUGUUAGUAGUGGCGUAACACCUGCCGACUGGAUAAGUUGGAAAUUGUUAGUAAGAUAAAGUGGUAUUUGUUUUCAUGAACAAUAUAGAAAUUUGAGCUACUGCAUCAUGGCAUAGUGGCUAUUUACGUGUUUG